GGCAAGGCUCCGCAAAAAACGUUUUCCCCAACGUCUACGACAUUCUCUUUUCAUCGCGAGCCCUCGCCGGGAAUCCGAUCUCCGGCGAUCAAGUUCCGGCAUCCAGGGUUGGGUUUCUGAUUAUUGUUUCGACUCCGAUCUCUAUUCGUAGAAUCAGAGCCGUCCGAUCAGGAAUGUACCAGUGGAGGAAGUUCGAGUUCUUCGAGGAGAAACUCGCCGGAAAAUGCUCAAUCCCCGAGGAAGUUGCCGGAAAAAUCGAGUGUUGUUCGAGCGGAAGAGGGAAGAUAGUCUUGGGCUGCGACGACGGCACCGUGAGUUUUCUCGAUCGAGGUUUGAAGUUCAAUUAUGGAUUCCAAGCUCAUUCUUCUUCUGUUCUCUUCGUUCAACAGCUCAAGCAAAGAAACUACCUAGUAACUGUUGGAGAAGAUGAACAAGUAUCUCCACAACUGUCAGCUAUGUGUCUGAAAGUUUUUGACCUUGAUAAGAUGCAGCCAGAGGGCUCCAGCACGAUGAGUCCUGAUUGUAUUCAGAUAUUGCGGAUAUUCACUAAUCAGUUCCCUGAAGCGAAGAUUACAUCAUUUUUGGUCCUGGAGGAAGCCCCAAUACUACUUAUAGCUAUUGGAUUGGACAAUGGUUGCAUUUAUUGCAUCAAAGGGGACAUUGCACGUGAGCGAAUCACACGUUUCAAGCUUCAGGUGGAUAAUGUUUCAGACAAAAGCAAUUCUUCAAUCACAGGUUUAGGGUUCCGUAUGGAUGGUCAAGCCCUCCAACUCUUUGCAGUUACUCCAACUUCAGUGAGUUUGUUUAGCCUGCAGAGUCAACCACCCAGGCGGCAAACCCUAGAUCAGAUUGGAUGCAAUGUUAAUAGUGUGACAAUGAGUGAUCGCUUGGAGCUGAUAAUUGGUCGGCCUGAGGCUGUAUAUUUCUAUGAAAUUGAUGGACGUGGUCCUUGUUGGGCUUUUGAAGGGGAGAAGAAAUUCCUUGGGUGGUUUCGUGGAUAUCUUUUAUGUGUUAUUGCAGAUCAAAGAAAUGGCAAGAAUACAUUCAACAUUUAUGACCUGAAGAACCGUUUGAUUGCCCACAGUCUAGUGGUUAAAGAAGUUUCUCAUAUGCUUUGUGAAUGGGGUAACAUAAUACUUAUAAUGGCUGACAAAACUGCUUUAUGUACUGGAGAGAAAGAUAUGGAAAGCAAGUUAGAUAUGCUUUUCAAGAAGAAUCUUUAUACUGUGGCCAUCAAUCUUGUUCAAAGCCAGCAAGCUGAUGCUGCAGCAACUGCUGAAGUACUAAGGAAAUAUGGGGAUCAUUUAUAUGGCAAACAAGACUAUGACGAAGCUAUGGCCCAGUACAUACAUACCAUUGGUCACCUUGAACCUUCAUAUGUGAUACAAAAGUUCUUAGAUGCCCAAAGAAUCUACAACCUUACCAAUUACUUGGAAAAACUACAUGAGAAGGGACUUGCUUCUAAAGAUCAUACCACACUUCUGCUGAACUGCUACACCAAACUGAAAGAUGUUGAAAAGUUGAAUGUGUUCAUCAAAAGUGAGGAUGGGGAGCAUAAGUUUGAUGUGGAGACUGCGAUAAGGGUCUGCCGUGCUGCCAACUAUCACGAGCAUGCAAUGUAUGUUGCUAAGAAGGCAGGAAGGCAUGAGUUGUACUUAAAGAUCUUACUUGAGGACCUUGGUAGAUAUGAAGAAGCUUUGCAAUAUAUUUCAAGUCUUGAACCAGGUCAAGCUGGGGUCACAGUGAAAGAGUAUGGUAAGAUUCUCAUAGAGCACAAGCCAGUGGCAACAAUCGAAAUACUCAUGAAGCUUUGCACUGAGGAAGGAGAUCUGGCCAAGAGAGGCACUUCUAAUGGUACAUAUUUAUCCAUGUUGCCAUCUCCUGUUGAUUUUCUCAACAUUUUCAUUCACCAUCCACAGUCGCUAAUGGAUUUUCUUGAAAAGUAUACCAAUAAGGUGAAGGACUCGCCUGCUCAAGUAGAAAUUCACAACACACUCUUGGAGUUGUACCUGUCUAAUGACUUGAACUUCCCAUCUAUUUCACUAUCUGACACUGUUGGUGAUCUUAAUCUUAAAACAAGAAGGCCAUCAGGAGAGGCUAUGAUGUCAAAAGUAGAGUCUAAUGGGAAAGUAAGUGGUGACUGCAAUGAUUUGACUAAGGAAAAGGGUCGUUUGGAGAGGCUUGAGAAGGGGCUACAGUUGCUUAAAAGUGCAUGGCCAUCUGAAAUGGAGCAUCCACUAUAUGAUGUUGAUCUUGCUAUAAUUCUUUGUGAAAUGAAUGCAUUUAAAGAAGGGCUUUUAUAUUUAUAUGAGAAGAUGAAGCUUUAUAAAGAGGUGAUUGCUUGUUAUAUGCAGGCCCAUGACCAUGAGGGUCUGAUUGCAUGCUGCAAGAGGCUGGGGGAUUCAGGUAAGGGAGGAGAUCCAUCUCUUUGGGCAGAUUUGCUAAAGUACUUUGGUGAGCUUGGAGAAGAAUGCUCCAAAGAAGUGAAGGAAGUCUUGACUUAUAUUGAAAGGGAUGACAUACUGCCUCCUAUUAUUGUUCUUCAGACACUCUCCAGGAAUCCAUGCCUCACACUCUCUGUUAUCAAGGAUUAUAUUGCUCGAAAGCUUGAACAGGAGUCAAAGCUAAUUGAAGAGGAUCGUCGAUUCAUUGAGAAGUACCAGGAAGAGACAUUGGCAAUGAGAAAAGAAAUUCAGGAUCUUAGGACAAAUGCCAGAAUCUUCCAGCUUAGCAAGUGCACUGCAUGCACUUUCACCCUAGAUCUCCCUGCUGUCCACUUCAUGUGUAUGCACUCAUUCCAUCAACGUUGCCUAGGAGACAAUGAAAAAGAAUGCCCCGAAUGUGCUCCUGAAUACAGAUCUGUUUUGGAAAUGAAGAGAAACUUGGAGCAGAAUUCCAAAGACCAAGAUCAGUUCUUCCAGCAAGUGAAGAGUUCAAAGGAUGGGUUUUCUGUGAUUGCCGAGUAUUUUGGGAAGGGAAUCAUCAGCAAGACCAGUAAUGGACCCACAGGCAGUCUCAGAUCUGGCAGCACUGCUUCCAGCAGUGGUUUCUAAGUGAUGUGAAUAUGGAAUCACAGGGAUCUGGCUGGAAUUGAGCUUGUUGGAGGGUUUUAACACCAAUUGUCAAUGCCAUAGCUAUUGAGCUACCAGCACUUGCCCUUGUUUUCCAUAAUUGGUCCAGCUAUCCAAAAGGGAGAAUGUAAGCUUUCUGAGAAGAAUAUCAAAAGAAGGGCCCUGGAACGUAUUGUUUUACUAGCUGUUGUAGUUGCAUGGUAGAGAUUUUUGUUGCUUGCUUUUCUUCCAGAGUGUGAAUUCAUUAGAGAUGGGUAUGUUUGUUCUGUUUUCUUGCGGAUAAAAAAUUCAGACAAUUUUGGAGGAUGUAUUUUUAAAUAAUAUAUUUAUUGAUUUCUUUUUCUGUGGCA